UUCCAUGAUCAAAAUAUCACGUCUCUUUUUUUCAACCUGGGAGAGAGAGAGAGAGAUUAUAAGAGAGAGUGAGAGAGACUUAUAAGUGGUAGUUGGGUUCUUCUCUUCCAUCAAGAAGGUUAGAUGACAGAAACCCAAAAUAGCAUCCUCUCUGCAUAACGCAGAUUUCCAAAGCCUCACACAAUCUCCUUCUAUCUCUCUGAGUGGCUCAAUGGAUCCUGUGACAAAAGGCUCCAUUAAUAGACGGAAAGUGAAGGGAGUUGAAGCCAUGAAAAACACAAAAAGGGAAGUCAACAGGGGAGCAUGGACAGCAGAAGAAGAUCAGAAACUGGCUGAGGUUAUUGAAAUACAUGGUGCAAAAAGGUGGAAGACAAUUGCAUCUAAAGCAGGCCUCAAUAGGUGUGGUAAAAGUUGCAGGCUAAGAUGGUUGAACUAUCUCAGACCAAACAUCAAGAGAGGCAACAUAUCUGAGCAAGAAGAGGACUUGAUCGUUAGGCUUCACAAACUUCUUGGAAAUAGGUGGUCUUUGAUUGCCGGGCGAUUGCCGGGUCGAACAGAUAAUGAAAUAAAAAACUACUGGAAUUCUCAUUUGAGCAAGAGAAUGAACCAGAAGGAGAAGCAAAAUGGAGCCAAUUUAACAAGACAAAUGAUCUCCACAGAUCAUCAGAAGGAUCGUGUACAAAUGAAAGAAGAUUCGUCAUCGGAAGAGGGUGCUACUAGUACUAGUACUAGUACUACAAGUGCUGCAUCUAAAGGAGGUGAUCAAAACUCCAACAUUAAUAUUGAUGUGGAUGAUUUCUUUGAUUUCUCCAAUGAGGGGCUUUUGAAUUUGGAGUGGGUGAGCAAGUUCCUUGGACAAGAUGAUGGCAGAUGGUUUAACUGACCAAUAGUGCAGUUUCAUGCUAAUUAAUCAUAGUUGUAUGUCAUAAUUUCACCGUCUGUGAGCUAAUGGAGUUCAUGACGGUGCGCUGAAACUAUUGUACAUCAAUAUAAACUUAGAUGAGUUUACUUCUGCCCUUUCUUCUGCA